UGUUUAUUAUUUUGCUCUGAAUAUUUGGGAGAGAUGAUGAUGAUGAUGAUGAUGAUAAUAAUAGUAAUAAUAAUAAUAGAGAAGAAUAUAAGAACGUCUUCAAAUGGUGCCUUCUGUCUGUCCUUCAGUGUAUCUUAAGGAUUAGUCACCCUAUUUUAUCAAAUUGCACUAAUCUCCCACUUUCGGUGAGAUUAAUCCCUCAGGAGGGCGGCAUAUAAGAGAGCCGCUCAGUGUCCUGGGGAGUUGAUCACUUGUUCUCAGGGACUGACCCUUUCUCCACAUUAUCUAGAGUCCAAGGAUAUUUUUUUUUGCUUGUUUUCUUUUCUUUUGUCUGUUUUUGUGUUCUCUCUUGCAUUUCCGAGUCUCUGCUGUCAUCAUGAAUGGGACAGAGGGUCCAAACUUCUACGUGCCGAUGUCCAACAAGUCAGGUUUGGUGCGCAGCCCGUUCGAGGAGCCGCAAUACUACCUCGCCGAGCCGUGGAAAUAUUCGCUGCUAGCUGCCUACAUGCUGUUCCUCAUGAUCACUGCCUUCCCGAUCAACUCCCUGACUCUGUACGUGACUGUGAAACACAAGAAACUCCGCACACCCCUCAACUACAUUCUUCUGAACCUGGCUGUCUCCGGCUUGUUCAUGGUCUUCGGAGGCUUCACGGUCACUCUCUACACUGCCCUGCAUGGCUAUUUUGUCCUGGGUGUAACCGGGUGCAAUAUCGAGGGCUUUUUCGCCACCAUGGGAGGUGAGAUUGGCCUGUGGUCCCUGGUAGUUUUGGCUAUUGAGCGCUACAUUGUGGUGUGUAAGCCUGUGUCCACAUUUCGUUUUGGAGAGCUGCACGCCAUCAUUGGAGUUGGCUUCACUUGGAUCAUGGCCCUCACCUGUGCUGGCCCACCAUUGCUUGGCUGGUCCAGGUAUAUUCCAGAAGGGAUGCAGUGCUCGUGUGGAAUAGAUUACUACACCCCGAAACCUGAAUACAACAACACGUCAUUUGUCAUCUACAUGUUCAUCCUGCAUUUCUGUAUCCCGCUUCUGGUCAUCUUCUUCUGUUACAGCCGCCUUCUCUGCACUGUUCGCGCGGCCGCAGCUCAGCAGCAGGAGUCAGAGAGCACUCAGAGGGCAGAGAAAGAGGUCACCCGGAUUGUGGUCGUUAUGGUGAUCGCAUUCCUGGUGUGCUGGUUGCCGUAUGCCAGUGUCGCAUGGUACAUAUUUGCCAACCAGGGCUCUGAGUUCGGACCUGUUUUCAUGACCGUACCGGCGUUCUUCGCCAAGAGCUCCGCCUUUUACAACCCCGUUAUCUACAUCUUCCUCAACAGACAGUUCAGGAACUACAUGCUGGUCACCCUGUGCUGUGGAAAGAACCCGUUUGGUGAGGAUGAGACCAGCACCACGUCCUCUACAAAGACCCAGUCCUCUGUGGUCACCUCAAGCCAGGUGACCCCUGCCUGAACCUGUGAGCUCUGAUCUCCAGCCCUUUCAACCCCCCCCCAGCGCACCAGAAACACCAUCAGCGGAGUAGGCUCUCAUUCGCCGCCCUUUAAACAGCCAGUCAUCUGUUCACGACUUUGCAUUUAUGGUUAGUCUCCCAUCAAGCAGUUAAUUGUGUGCAGUUUGUUUCUGGAUUCCUGUUGUGUGACUGUAACAUGCACACUGGAGCAUGGCAUGUCAUCUAACGUAGGAUUUAAUGGGAACAUGUUCAAUUGAGUUACGCCAAGCUUUGAUACAUUCCAUUUGUUUUCAUGAUCAUUAGCCCCCUGGACAUCCUUCCUCAUUGUGCUUAUUAAAUAGGUUUUUCAAUAAAUCUGUAGUUUCGACUUUUAGACUGAACUUAGAAGACCUGCUCCUUCUCUGUUAAUCACUGUGUGUCAUGGCGUGUCACAAGUGAAUGAUGUAAUGAAUGGGGAGAAAGGCAGACAGAUAUGAGUCAUGAAAAAACAUCUGGAAUCACAGGUUCAUGGAUGUCAUGUUCAGCUUUUGGGAUUCUGUUUGGUGCAUUUGGCUCAUUGUUAAAGGAAAUGUUAGGAUGUGUGUUACCAUGUGAAUUGUUGUGCAGUGUGAAAUAAUAAUAAAA